AUGGAAGACGAUUACGAUCAACGGUACAACAACGAUGAGGCAGAAGAUAUAACCCAAGAUGAUGUUUGGGCAGUUAUCAGUUCUUACUUCGAAGAAUUAGGGCUUGUUCGUCAACAAAUCGACUCGUUUGACCAGUUUAUUGAUAAUACUAUGCAACAAGUUGUUGACCAGUCUCCAGAUAUCGAGAUCCGACCCGAAUCUCAGCACAAUCCGGGUCUCCAGCCGGAUUUUGCGGAGUAUAAAAUCAGCUUCAGUCAGAUUUAUUUGGGUAAACCAGUGAUGACUGAAGCAGAUGGUGAUACCAAGCCAUUGCUUCCAAAGGAAGCAAGGCUGAGAAAUCUGACAUAUUCUGCACCAUUGUAUGUCGAUGUAUCAAAAAAGGCUAUAAAGAAAGGCCAUGAUGGUGAACAAGUCACUGAAGCUCAAGAUUUUGCUAAAGUCUUCAUUGGAAAGGUUCCAAUUAUGUUACGGUCAGAGUACUGUACGCUAUAUCAGAAUUCCGAACAGGACUUGACCGAGCUUGGAGAGUGUCCAUAUGAUCAAGGUGGAUAUUUCAUCGUCAAUGGGACUGAAAAGGUUCUAAUUGCUCAAGAGAAAAUGAGCACCAAUCAUGUCUAUGUGUUUAAAAAGACACAACCGAACAAAUAUGACUAUGUGGCAGAGGUCCGUUCAAUGCCAGAAUCUCAAAACAGGCCACCUAGUACCAUGUUUGUCCGCAUGCUUUCCAGGACCAGUGCCAAAGGGGGUUCUUCAGGUCAAUGUAUUCGUGCUACACUUCCAUAUAUUCGAACUGAGAUUCCUAUCGCUAUUGUGUUUCGAGCAUUGGGAUUUGUUGAUGACAAAGUUAUAUUACAACACAUAUGUUAUGAUUUUGCCGAUACUCAAAUGAUGGAGUUACUGCGGCCUUCAUUGGAAGAAGCAUUUGUCAUACAAAAUCAGCAAGUGGCCUUAGAGUACAUCGGAAAAAGAGGGGCCACUGUUGGUCUUACAAAAGAAAAGAGAAUAAAGUAUGAUUUUCGUUAUGUUUUAGAUAAUCAGAUGGAACCCAUCUUUAUAGAUUAG